UCACUGCGCGCUCAUGGCGUUCCACUCGCGCUCGACAGCUGCGACUGACGUAUUUGGACAAGAAAUGAAUGCCCUGUGAAACUUCUUCGUCUCCCGAAUGUGAUCUUUGCAGACGCUGUGGGUGUUUCCGCGCGCAUUCCUCCGGUAUAAAUAAUCCGAAAGCACGCCGGUGGAUCGGCGCGGCAAUUUUUUGGGCGACAUUACCACGGAAAAUACGACCGAAAGCGGUUUGCUUUAAUUUCAUGACCGAAAACUGACCGUUCACCAAGUUGGUAACGACUCCGGAUCGUUAACUGUGGGGAGAAAUGGGCACAUUACGCGAUCUCCAGUACGCGUUACAGGAGAAGAUUGAAGAAUUGAGACAGAGAGACGCGCUGAUUGAUGAAUUGGAGUUGGAGCUGGACCAGAAAGAUGAACUCAUCCAGAAGCUUCAGAAUGAGUUAGACAAAUACCGAUCCGUUAUAAGACCGGCAACACAACAAGUCCACAAGCAGAGUGUCCUUCAAGAGCAGCAGAGGACCAAGAGACAGGCGAUCUCUGCCGAACCUACAGCCUUUGAUAUUCAAGACCUCAAUCAUGUCACCCUGCCUUUCUAUCCAAAGAGCCCACAGUCUAAAGAACUAAUCAAAGAGGCCAUUCUUGACAAUGACUUCAUGAAGAACUUGGAGCUGUCUCAGAUUCAGGAGAUUGUGGACUGCAUGUACCCUGUGGAGUAUGAUAAAGAUAGUUGUAUCAUCAAAGAAGGCGAUGUGGGCUCCCUGGUCUAUGUCAUGGAAGAUGGCAAGGUGGAGGUGACCAAGGAAGGCAUGAAACUCUGCACCAUGGGACCAGGGAAGGUGUUUGGAGAGCUCGCCAUCCUCUAUAACUGCACCAGGACUGCUACGGUACAGACCCUCACAAAUGUGAAGUUAUGGGCCAUCGACCGCCAGUGUUUCCAGACCAUCAUGAUGAGGACCGGACUCAUCAAGCAUGCAGAGUACAUGGACUUUCUCAAGAGCGUUCCGACAUUCCAAGGCCUUCCAGAAGAAAUACUUAGCAAGCUAGCUGAUGUGCUGGAGGAGACUCACUACAGUGAUGGAGAGUACAUUAUUAGACAAGGUGCCAGAGGGGACACAUUCUUUAUCAUUAGCAAGGGAAAGGUGAACGUUACUCGAGAAGAUCCACCCAAUGGGACCCCUGUCUAUCUGCGGGCAUUAGGUAAAGGAGACUGGUUUGGAGAAAAAGCCCUUCAAGGAGAAGACAUCAGGACGGCUAAUGUCAUUGCUGCUGAAGCUGUCACCUGCCUCGUCAUCGACAGAGAGUCCUUCAAACACUUGAUUGGAGGUCUGGACGACGUCUCUAACAAAGGCUAUGAAGAUGCUGGCUCCAAAGCGAAAUACGAGGCCGAGAAUGCCUUCUUCUCCAACCUGAAGCUGGUGGACUUCAACAUCAUCGAUACCUUGGGAGUUGGAGGAUUUGGAAGAGUUGAGCUGGUGCAGCUCAAGAGUGAAGAGAUCAAAACAUUUGCAAUGAAGAUUCUGAAGAAGCGUCACAUCGUGGACACGCGGCAACAGGAGCACAUCCGCUCUGAGAAACAGAUCAUGCAGGAGGCUCAUUCAGACUUCAUUGUAAGAUUGUAUAGGACUUUCAAAGACAGUAAAUAUCUGUACAUGUUGAUGGAGGCCUGUCUAGGCGGAGAGCUUUGGACCAUACUUAGAGACAGAGGAUCCUUUGAAGACUCCACUACACGGUUUUAUACAGCCUGUGUGGUUGAAGCCUUCGCAUACCUGCAUUCCAAGGGAAUAAUUUACCGUGAUUUAAAGCCAGAAAAUCUCAUUCUGGAUCACAGAGGGUAUGCCAAGCUUGUGGACUUUGGCUUUGCUAAAAAGAUUGGAUUUGGGAAGAAGACGUGGACUUUCUGUGGAACGCCGGAGUAUGUAGCCCCAGAGAUCAUACUGAAUAAAGGACAUGACAUCUCAGCAGACUACUGGUCAUUGGGAAUUCUUAUGUAUGAACUCUUGACUGGAAGCCCACCAUUCUCAGGACCGGAUCCAAUGAAGACAUAUAAUAUCAUUUUAAGAGGAAUCGACAUGAUAGAAUUUCCAAAGAAGAUCACCAAAAAUGCAGGCAAUCUAAUUAAAAAACUAUGCAGGGACAAUCCAUCUGAGAGGCUAGGAAACUUGAAAAAUGGAGUCAAAGAUAUCCAAAAGCACAAAUGGUUUGAAGGCUUUAACUGGGAAGGACUGCGCAAAGGAACUCUCACCCCUCCAAUUAUUCCUGAUGUUGCAAGCCCGACUGACACCAGUAACUUUGAUAGCUUUCCUGAGGACAAUGAGGAUCCUCCUCCAGAUGACAAUUCCGGCUGGGACACUGAUUUCUAAAAAAUGAAACUUGUAACAUGCCCUGCCCUGGAGUGUCUCGUGUGGUUUGUCAGCGAAGAGAAGAAUGGAAGACGUCUAGCCCAGCUCUGUGACACCAAGUUGCCUUCGCCCAUACUUCUGUCCUGCGGUGCCACUUGGGGUGUCUCAGCUCCCCGCCGCACCUCACAACUACCGUGAACUGUCCUAAUCAGAAGAACUGGAGUCCAUAUUUCCAACACGACUUUAGAUAUGGACUCAGACCGCCUCGUGCUGGAGCCGAUGUCUUAUAAAUGAGCCUUUAAUUUUUUUCUUUGCUGUUUCAUGUUUGACUGAUUGCACAAGCAGCGGUUUCAGGUUUUAAUUCUGGGUCUUAAAAAGAGAAUCAUAAGUAGAGACAGUACUAUGAUCUGGAUUGAGUUUUGAUAAUGUUUCUAAGAUGCAUUUUAGGACGGAAUUUAGUUUGUGGUUACUUCUGAUAGUAUGACAGUUGUGUAUGAAUAUGGCUAAUAUAUUUGGAACAGAAACACACCAGAGUCAAAUACUUAAAAAGGUAAAAGGUCCCUGUGGUGGAGAUUUAUUGAUUUGAAUUGAUUGAUAUGAUUCAAUUAAUUUCCAUUUAGUCUUUUUAAGCAUAUUCCUCUUAAAGGAAUAGUUCACCCAAAAAUGAAAAUUCUGUUGGAAUCAUGUUGUUCCAAAC